AUGUCAUAUUUUAUAAAAAAUCAGGACUUUGAGGCACACGGAAGACGUGUUAGAUCAUGGAGAAGUGUUAGAACAGGUAUUCAGGUAGUUUUGGUUGAUAUUGAUGUGCCUUUAACCAAAGGAAAAUUUACGAAAUUAAUUAUUAUAGUUUUAAAUGACUCUGGAUGCCCUCAUACACUUGAGCAUUUAAUAUUUCUUGGGAGUAAAAAGUAUCCUUAUAAGGGUGUUUUAGAUUUUUUAGCAAACCGUUCAUUUGCACAAGGUACAAAUGCAUGGACGGAGACGGACCACACAGCAUAUACGAUUAGUACGGCAGGAACAGAAGGAUUUUUACAUAUUUUUCCCAUAUUUAUUGACCAUAUACUUUUUCCUACGCUUACAUAUGAUGGAUUUUAUACAGAAAUCCAUCAUAUUGAUGGUGAUGGGAAUGACGCAGGCGUUGUAUAUAGCGAGAUGCAGGGACAUGAAAACACAUUAAAUGAUUUGCAAUUAAUACAUUCUCAACGCGCCCUUUUUCCUGAGGGAAUUGGAUAUAGAAGUUAUACAGGAGGGAAUUUAAAGGCAUUAAGAGUUUUAAAUGUUGAAACCGUUCGAAAAUACCAUUCGAAAUAUUAUCUCCCUCAGAAUUUAUGUAUCAUUAUUACAGGGAAAAUUGAUGUAAAUGAGCUUUUUUAUGUACUUGAUCAAAUCAUUGAACCCAAUAUCCUUAAUAAUCUCACGCCGAAUUUAGAAAAUUGGAAAAGACCAUGGGUUGAUUCUCCAAAAACUCCUCCUUUGAAGAAAUCUCAUACAGAAAUUGUUCUUUUUCCUGAUAAAGAUGAAACUGUUGGCGAAGUUCUUUUAGCAUGGCUUGGCCCAUUCUCUACUGAAUUUCUCACAUUAACUGCAUUAAAUCUUUUGGGAAAAUAUCUAACAGAUUCAGCUAUUUCUGCAUUACAAAAAGAACUCGUGGAAAUCGAAGAUCAAUUUUGUUCAGAUAUAUCUUUUUCAAUGACAAUACGUCUGCCAAGUGUUAUAUAUCUAAAUCUAUACAGCGUACCAACAAAAAAACUAGAAAAGAUUGAAGAACGUGUUUUCGAGCUUUUAAAUAGUGUCAGAGAUAAUCCAGAAAAUUUUGAUAUCAACCGCAUGAGUACGAUUAUACAUAGAGAAAAACUGGCGAUUAUGGAUACAAAUGAAACCGAUCUAGAUGGCAUUUUUACUAACGUAAUAAUUACAGACUUUUUGUAUGGUAGUAAUACCAAAGAUACUUUAAAGAGAUCAUUGCAAGAUUAUGAAGAUUAUGAAAAUUUAAAAUUAUGGACAGUAACAGAAUGGCUACAACUUUUGGAUUUUUGGUUUAUCCAAAAUUUUCACAUAUGUAUAAUUUCCAAAGCUUCUGCUAAAUUGUCAUUAGAAUUAGAAAAAAAUGAAAAAAUAAGAAUAGAAAACCAAAGAAAGAAACUCGGAGAAGAAGGUCUUAAGAAACUUAGGGAACAAUUAAGAAUAUCUCAAGAAAAAAACGACGCACCAUUUCCUUUAACAGUAGUUUCUGAUUUUAAAAUUCCAAGCGUUAAAAACAUCAACUUUAUUACAAGUAUGUCUGCUAGGGCGGGAGUAGCAAAACAAAAGAUAAAUAAUACACACGGAGAACAGUGUUCUGAUCUCCAAAAAUAUAUUGAUCAAGAUUCAUUAGAAAAAAUACCCCUUUACUUAUAUUUCAAUCAUAUUAAUUCAAAAUUUGUAACUAUCCAGGUGUAUAUUUCUUCAGAACACGUAAAUUCUGAUCUUAAGCCAUAUCUUGGUAUUUAUCUCGACAAUUUCUUUUUAAAUGGAGUUGUUCGUAGUGAUGGAACUAAAUUAACAUAUGAAGAAGUUGUAAGAUUAUUAGAAAAUGAAACAGUAGACUACAGUGCAUCAUGGGGGGUAUCUGCAUCGUUUCUAGAGAUUGCAACUAUUCAAAUUAAAGUUGAAAUACAAAACUAUAAAAAAGGAAUUUUUUUAUUAAAAGAUUUGUUUUAUGGAAGUAUUUUCGAACCUCAAAGACUUAUGAUUUUUGUAUUUAAAUCAUUAAAUGACAUUCCGCAAGAAAAAAGGAAUGGAAAUAAAAUAUGCUGGGCUUUAAUGAGAAUGUACCAACUAGAUAAAAAUCUAUCUACAUCUAAAGCAAUAAAUAUACUUUCUCAAAUAAAUUUCUUAAAGAGACUGAAGGAUGAAUUAGAAAAAGAACCAAAUAAAGUUGUUGAAAAAUUUAAAACUAUACAAAAUCAACUUUUUAAACCAGAAAAUAUGUAUUUUCAAAUAAUUUCCGACAUUUUAAAUUUAGAACAUCCCGUAUUAUCGUGGAAAUCUUUCAUUAAUCAUCAAGAAAAAGAUGAUAUUAAUAUGUCACGAAUUCCAUAUAAAAAAAUCAUGUUAACAGAAAAAGGAAGAACUCCUUCUGGAAUAGCUCAUAUAAUAUCUCUAUCUACUGUCGAAAAUUCAUAUUCUGUUCAUGUUUCUAAGCUAUUUUCAGAUUUUAACCAUAAAGACUUCCCAGCAUUUAUUCUUCUUUUAUCGUAUCUUAAUAUUAUGGAAGGAAUACUUUGGAAACAUAUAAGAGGUGCAGGUCUAGCAUAUAGUGUGAGCUUUAAAACAGAUAUAGAAUCAGGUUUUGUUUAUUAUUCUAUUUAUUCAUCUCCAAAUGUUUUUAAUGUAUGGGAAAAAACUCGAGUUAUUAUAAACGACAUAAAGAACAAAAAGAUAUCUUUUGAUGAAAAUAUAAUGAUAAACGCAAAAAGUUCACUUGUUUAUGAUAUCGUUUCAAUUGAUUCUACCCCUUUCUUUGCAGCACAAGAGUCUUUUGUUUCUCAAGUUAUAAAAAAUCAACCAGAAAAUAAAAGACGCCAAUUGAUUGACGAAAUAUCGAACAUCACUAUAGAUGAGCUAUAUGUUCUUCAUAAUAAAUAUCUAGUGAAUCUUUUUAAUUCUAAAACAUCUGAUUCAUUUAUAGUUACUACUUCUUCAAAAUGUGAUGAAAUAAUGCAAGGAUUUUCUGAUGCAGGAUAUAAUAUUACAAAAAAAACAUUUAAUGAUUAUUAA